AUGGACGACGACAUCAGAAUUAUUGAAGUUACCACAGCAGGGAGUUCGGAGACCCAGCUGUCGGCAGUCGGGAGUGCGCAAUUAGGCUCCCGGCGGUCGUCAUCAUGCAACUGCAGAGAUGCUGUGGAGGCUGCCAGCCUGACCUUCACAUCUUUAAAAGCUAAAGCUGAUGAAGAGUCGGUGGCUAUUGAUAACAAUGAUAACGAUUCUACCGUUAGUGAACCAUCGAUAGCAGACGUAUGCCGUUUGAUUGGAAAAAAAAUUAAAUAG